CUAUUGGAUUCAAAACAAAGGACUUCUGUUAAGGGCUCUUCUGCACUAUAUGUUAUAAGGUUGGUGGCGUGUCCAUUUAAGGAAGGAGAUGAGACGCGUCUACCAAACGCGUCUCCGUUGUUCCAAUAUGCCCUUUGCCUGCAGCAUAGAUCGUCCCUCUUCUACUCACUCACUCGCCAUUACCUUUCCCCGCGAUCUCUUUUUAAUCUUUUGCAGAAGCAACCCCUACCUUCACAUAAUCGAUUUCACUAACAGCAAACUGAACCUUGGCAGCAUGCUCAAGCUGCCAAGAUCAACCUCCUCCUCUUCCAUAUGCUCGCAUCCUUCCUCACCAGCACAAAGUAUACCAAUAGUUUUGCUUGAAUGCGGAUCCCCUGAAAGCGCCAGUGCUGAGGCGCUCAAAUCAAAAUCAGCGCUGCACUCUCAAAAGCUCAAUAGCCUACCUGAGCAACAAACCAUUUGCAACCACCCCAGGAUGUCCUUUGAAGAGUUGCGAGAGCACCAACAAAAUAGCUCGGCCGAUGACCUCUCUGUGGCAUUUAAUACAUCAACCGCCUGCAGCUGCGUGAAUGUAAUAGGAGUAGGUGAACAGCAAAAGGAUCUAGAAGAUGUACUUGAUACCGCCGCCAAUAACGCAAUGGAUUCAGCAGCGGUUACGACACGGAUGAGUUAUAUCCAGAGGCAUGACGAUUCGGUCGCGAGCCAGGAUGACCACUGUCACCAACAUCAACAGCAGCGGCGGCAACAGUCGCAACAAAAAGUACGUCAGCCGGCCUCUGCUGGUCCUUUCAACCAUUUCUUCACAUCUGGUGCCUACCUUUCUCCAUCCUGCACUCGAAUCGGAUUGGCAUCCUCAUCUUCCACAGCUGCACCACUCGCCUCAGAUCAGAGUCAUUACUAUCAAUUGGAGGAGCAACAGCAGUUUCAUAACCAGUCUCGAGUCAGUGCAGAAGCGAAUCCACAACUAUCCACACAGCAUAACCAAAGAGCGUUUUCAAAAUUGAGCGGCCACACCGGACCGCCCCAUACCAACCAGUCUUUGUCCAAGGGCUCCUUCUUCCGACCUAUCCUAAGUUUACUCGCCGCCACAGCAAGCGUGAGCAACUUGGAGACUUUAAAGCAUCAUGACAUUGCUGGAGAUACGGAUCAGCUGGAUGAUUCUGAAAGAUAUGAUGAUCUACCGUCACCUAUUUACAACCAUGACAGCAGUGAUGAUGGUGAAGAAGAGAGCUAUGGCAGCAAGUUGCCCAGGAGUGUAUUUCUAGAUCUCGGAUCAUCACAUACUGUCGACUCCGGAACUCGUAAUGAUAGAAAUAGUUUGGACUUGACUAAAGAAGACGACCGUGACCAGUCCAGCGAGGCUCCGUUACCUAAUCUCCAGGAACGAGGAUACACAGUAGCGAAGGAGAGAGCAAAAAUUGACCGAUUCGAGGAACAAAAAUCAGUAUUAUCGAUUUCAACGCAAUCCACUACAUAUUUGCGAUUUCGAGAGCCUAUGACCGAGGAACAGAGGAACGAGUUGGUAGAGGGGUCGCCGGUACUCAUGUCCGCUACAUUGAGUACUCGAUAUUGGGAAGCAUCAGCCUCCGUCGGCAGUUUCGAAGAUGUGGAACAAUUGAAGACUAAAGGUGUCAAAGUCUUAGGGAUCGAGUCGAAGGCGAAAUUGAAUAGCGAGAUGCAACAAGGUUCGAUGGUUGGCUCCAAGGGUUUGGUACCUACGGAGCUAAUGCAGAUGGAGUAUCAGAAUGAGCAGGAGCGCGAUGCGGUGACCAAGGCGUGCCAUUUCGACGCAAAUGACGACGACGAUCAAGAGACUAGUAUCAUUUACAUCGAUUUUGACCGACUACUCCAGAUCUGCGCCGAGGUGGAUCAAGGAGGGGAGAGGGAAAGAGGGCCCGAGAGGCGGCUGUUGUGGAACAGAGUACAACAACUGAAUCUCUAUGGCGAGCUAGAGCAGGAAAGAGAGCAGGAUGAGAUCGCGUCCAACUUUGAGGAGAGUAGCUUUAACAUUCAUAUCAACAAUCCAUGUGUGAUGUCAUCGCAGCAGGUAACGAGCGCCAUACUGGGUGCUUUAAAUGUCACGACGGAAAGUAUCGACACCUCUGUGCUGAAGCGAGUACAAUUCGACCCUUGCCUUCAGAUCAUAGCCUGCUUCGAGGUACCCUCGUCUGAGAAUACGAGCCCAGAAAAUCAGCACGAGGAUGCGGCGCCGUCCGGGAACAACUCGCCAGGAUGGAUACCAAUGCGGGCAUUUGAGCCAGAGCUCGUGUUUUACUCCAAGAAAAACAGACAUGGCAUAUUGAACCUUGAGUGCGAAGCUUCUAGCUUGGAUACAGGACAUCUGUCGAGCCCAAUCUCGCUCCCAGGUUCACUGUCGAUCGAGAAUAGAGCAGUUUCUCAGAAUUUGAUCGAGACUUUCACUCCAGAUCAUCUUCUUCCACCUCUUCCAGAUUCUCCUCUGCUGGAUCAGUCACCUCCUCCUCGAUCAUCUAUCAUUACCUGCGCAUCUCCUUCCAUUCGAGCCAGUAUUUCUACAGGCCUUUUAUCAGCAAGGACCGAACGUACCUCCCCGAGAACACUUGAGCUGGCGACGGCACGGAUGCAGCUCUUGUACUGGAAGCAGGCAGCGGCACGUCUACAUGAUCAAGAAUAUUUACUGACGAACCGAAUCGACCAGUUGGUACAAGAAAUGGCAGAUAUGCUGGAGAGAUGUCAGAACACAGAGAUAGGCUUACAAGCAAAGGAGUGUACUGUGCAAGAACUGAAUCAAGAGCUCAUCAAGGAAAAAGUGUUUGGGUUUGCAUCAAUUCAAGAGGCAGUCCUGUCAAUCCACGAGAAACAAGUCCUCGAGCACAGGCUGGAAGAGUCUUGGCAGGAGCUAGAGACCCUGCAUAUGGAGCUAGAGCAGACCAGGGCUUGUCAGCUCCCAAAGCAGCCUCAGCCUCAGCCUCAACAAUUGUUCACGACUUGUGCGAUCUCGAACUCCAGGGAAUGGCAGGUCAGAGGCCACUCGGCGCCAUUCCAGGUUCUGAUCAAAUAUCUAUACCUGAUGCUUCUCUCGACUGUUACAAUCGCCGUAGCCGUCCACCUGCUCUACAAACACCAGUACCAGUUGCACCAAGCAUACCGUUAUUUCGCAACGAGUGCUAAUAGGUUGACUAAUCAUCUUUUGUUGGUAAAGGUCGGUCUCGAAAAUCCCCAGUGCUGGGUGCGAGGACCAGCGGCUGGAUUCAGGAACCUUUGGAGCUCGGUGUUGGCCAGAUGCGAGCGAUCGUGAAUACGAUCCAGCUGCUCAAGGAACUGUGGACGGAUCUCAGUUGGAGGGAUAUGCUUGCAAGUUUCAAGCCCCCAGGAAGAUAGUCGUAGCUAACGAGUUAUCGCGACGCCAAUUGAUGUUACACACGAAGCUAUUGUUUCAUGAAGCACAAGAGUUGCCUGCAAAAGAUCAAAGAUAACCUGUGAGGCAGUC